UUGGUUUUAGAGUGUUUGUCGGAGAUGCACCAAAGUCCUCAAUCAAAUUUCCGAUACUGUUUCAUCACGUCAAAUCUAUAAAUAGCCCAGAGCUAUAGAUCCCUAAGCACCAAAUUCCUCUCUCUCUCUCUCUCUCUCUCUCAACAUGGCAUUUAACCUUGCAUUGCAAAUGAGGCCAUCGAUGGCUGGUUUGGGUUCUUUGAAGAAAUCAGAAACUACCAUUUUUGGAGCAAGUCGGAGAGUCCCAUCUCUGAGAAAUGAGAACAAGAGUUUGAGGCUUACCAUUAGAUGUUGGAAAGGUUCUGUUCCACCAGCUUCAAUUACUGAUACAACUACCAGCACAGACCCAAUCGCGGAUGCAAUAGCUGCAGCCAGCAAAAUAACAAGAAAAGACUUCCCUACUGAGUUCAAGUUUGGUUGCUCCACUUCUGCUUUUCAGACAGAAGGAAAAGGUGAUGAAGGAGGGAGAGGACCAGCGACCUGGGAUAGUUAUAUCCAAGAUGAUGAUGGAAUCACGGACGUUGCAGUUGAUUCAUACAAUCGUUACAAAGAUGACGUGCAAGCGCUGGUAGAUAUGGGGGCAGACACUUACAGAUUCUCCAUUUCCUGGUCAAGAAUUCUGCCUGAUGGGACCGUAGAUGGUGGAAUAAACCAAGAGGGAAUCAAUUUCUACAACAAUCUUAUAAAUGAACUUAUAAAUAAUGGUAUAACCCCAUUUGUGACACUGUUCCACUUCGAUUUACCUCAAGCACUGGGAGACAAAUACAAUGGCUUCUGGAGCAGCCAGAUUGUGGAUGAUUUUAAAGCCUAUGCCAAUGUUUGUUUCCAAUAUUUUGGUGACCGAGUGAAGCACUGGACUACUAUCAAUGAACCACAAGUCUGGGCACCGUACGGUUAUACAGUCGAUACGACCAACUCACUCCAAAAUGCUGCAACAGAUCCUUUCCUUUGUGCCCAUCACAUUAUAUUAGCCCAUGCCACAACUGUAAAACUCUACAGAGACACAUACCAGGCAACCCAAGCGGGACAGAUCGGCCUUUCGCUAGUGACAGAAUGGUUUUUGCCUGCUUCAGAUACAAUUCAGGAUCAAGAUGCAGCCCGGAGAGCAUUUGACUUCUUGGUUGGAUGGUUUUUGGAACCGUUAGUGUUUGGAGACUACCCAUUCAUCAUGAAGGCUUUGGUAAGGGAUGGACUUCCAGAAUUCACAGAUGAUGAGAAGACUUUAAUUAAAGGAUCCUUUGACUUUAUUGGUAUCAAUUAUUAUACAUCUAGAUACGCAACUGCUGUAACAUUUGAUAAAGAUGCAACCUUUUCUGCCUAUUCUGACUAUCAGUUUGCUACAGUCUCAGCUGAGAAAGAUGGGGUAUACAUUGGUGCAGCGACACCAGGCAGUACUGAAAUUUAUAUCUAUCCACAAGGGUUAACCGAUGCAUUGGUUUAUAUUUCAAAUACAUACAGCAAUCCUAAGUUCUUUAUUACUGAGAAUGGAUAUCCGGAGAAACGAGAUGAUACUGUUGCAGUAGAGACUGCCUUACAAGAUGAUGUUCGGAUUCAGCAUAUUCUUGCCCAUCUUUAUGCCAUUUCAGAAGCCAUGAAGCAGGGAGCAGACGUAAAUGGAUACUUCAUGUGGGCUUUAAUGGACUGCUUGGAAAUGGGGUCAGGCUACACAGUGCGGUACGGGCUUGCUUACACUGAUUACCUCAACAACUUGGACAGAACCCUCAAGAAGUCUGGGAAAUGGCUCAAGGUCUUCUUGGCUAGCUAAUUAGCCGAUAUAUCAUAUAUAUGCAGAUCAGUUGCAGACCAAUGUGACAAUUAGUUCCAACUUUCUUAGUAGAAUAAAUUUGAACCAUUUGGAGUAUUCCAAGCACCGUGGUUUAAGAUGCGGCUAAAACAGAGACUAGUUCUCUUCGAAUUUAUGUUUUGUAAUAAUGUGGAUUUAGUCUCGUUGGUCAUCUUCUUCAUUGCUUAUUGUACUUAGUAUUGUACUUCCACUUGCAAUUCCUUAACAGCUAUGAAAAUAAUCCAUGCUUCUUCAUGGUUAUGGCAUGGUCAUUGUGUUAAAAUUAUGUGCCCUCAAAAAUAAUAUUAUGCAUUUUUAUUUGAUUAUAAA